GAUCUGUUGAAUAGUGCGGCUGCUUAUGCAGCAUGCCGGCUGAGCACCACUGCUGGUGUGACUUAUAGGAGUCCAGUGCUCCCAGGUCGCCUUGUCGAGUCUGCCACAAUCUUCCAUUCUUGGUAAUAUCGUGGCACGUCGUCGGACUUUACCCCAAGAUGACGGGUAUUCAGUACCGCAAGUCCUGUGACAUGUGCCACGUGCAGAAACUCAUCUGCAAACGCACUGGGGAUGCCGAUUGCGAACGAUGCAAGAGGGCUUCUAGGCCUUGCACGUCCAGUCCUUCACUACGUUAUGGGAAACGCCGUCGUGGUCAUCAAGACACAAGUGGUACAUUGGACACCAAGAAACCUCGUUUGAGUUUGCGUCCUAUAUCAAUCCAACCGACCACCAACUUGGUACCCAAUGAUUCAGCCACACGUCCAAUUACGCAGGAAAAAAUUGACCAAUAUGGCGCGGUAUCGUCUAUCGAUUAUGGAGCUGAGUUUGAGUUUGGCAAUGCAUUAGAGCUUGAAGGCUUCUGCAACCCUAUAGCACCGGCAUGCGAUACUCAGCUUGGUGUGAAUCCAGCAUUCGAAGAAUUCCUGGCCGAAGAAACCAGAACCGAAAAGUGGACUUUCGACUCGAUGAGUUCUUGGCCGCUAGAUUCUACAACCACAGCCAAUAGCCCGAUGCCCACGCCACCACAAAGUGACGUUGGCAUUUUCGUGGAACCGACUCCCUCCAGUGACCAGCUUCUCAACGCAGACGAUGAUUUAAUUGCCACGAACGGCAUUUCUAUCACAGAAACACAGAAUUGCAUUCCUUGGGAGCAAUCGGUCCACCAUAUCAACGCCAAGAUAUGCAGAAUGUUCGAUUUUGUCCACCGAGCCACGUCAAAUUACGGUAGCACUGCUGGCUUCACCCAAUCCUCGCGCUUUUUAAACCGUUUUUCGGACCUGCAGGAGCUUUCGGUUGAGGAGCUGUUUCAACUCUCAAACGAUUUCCUUCGGAUUCUGGACACGCUUUAUAAGUCAAAGGUAGAAAUGAGACAAACCUCAAGGAACGUGGACAAUCCUGACGUGGCAGGCUGGUUGUUGCUUUUAUCAGUGUACCUCCGAAUUCUGGAUGUUUACGAAAUUGUGUUCUCUCCACUUACCGAAUCUGGGGCUCGGGAUCAACUCUCACUAGAGGCAUCAAGAUUAUGGCGGCUUCCCCAAGUGAUUGUGGGUUCCAUGGAAAUUGAAUUCUCGCCGGAACUGCGGUUAUCCUUGAUAAUCAAAAUGGCAAAACAAUGUUUGGGACGAUUGAGCAACUCGGUAGCCCGUGUUUUCCAUGGUUCCCAGCAAUCAAGGGAACAUCGGGAAGAUGAGAAAUUGGAGCCUGGCGCUGAGAUAGUUGUCAAUCUGUUCAAAUUUGUAAGCAGGAGAGAGACAUGUAUAGACACCCGGCUACUAGAAGCCCUACACCAUGAAGCCUAACGUCAAAACUGGUACCUUCUAUACAAG